UAAAUUUCAAAACCGUCACUCGUUUUUCCCUCUCUCUCCAUAACAGAACUUAACAAAGCAACUAAUAAACUAAGCCAUGCUGUCAAAUGACUCGCUCAUUACUCUUCCACCACCACAGACGACGAUCACCUUUUCCUCCGCCUUCCUCCGCCUCUGCCUCCUCCGCCGCAUUUAAUACUAUAAUGUGGCCGGAAUCUACUCUUCUUCCGCGCACCGUACUCGUUUUCGCUAUAAUGUUUGUAUCCUCUCUACUUCUCUACGGCGCUUACGACUCUCUCCGCUUCCUCUCGUUUCCCUCCGCCUCCUUCGUCUCUUUCCCUAACAUUUUUCCGUCGUUUCUCGACGACAGCUCCGUUAUUUUAAGUAAUGAGCAAAAGCUUGAUAAAGUAUUGAAAGAAGCAGCAAUGGAAGAUAAGACAGUUAUAUUAACCACUCUAAAUGAAGCGUGGGCAGCUCCCAAUUCAGUUAUUGAUUUAUUCCUGGCAAGUUUUAGAUUAGGGGAGCGUACUCGUAAGCUUUUAAAUCAUCUGGUGAUUAUUGCGUUGGAUGAAAAGGCAUAUGCACGUUGUCUACAAGUCCAUGAUCAUUGCUUUGCUCUUCCGGACGGUAUUGAUUUUAAUGGAGAAGCUUACUUUAUGACCCCUGUUUAUUUGAACAUGAUGUGGAGAAGGAUUGACUUCUUGCGUUCUGUUCUUGAGAUGGGUUAUAAUUUUGUUUUUACGGAUGCUGAUGUAAUGUGGUUCAGGGAUCCAUUUCCACGAUUCUAUUCAGAUGCAGAUUUUCAGAUUGCAUGCGACCAUUUUUCAGGCAGCUCUGUUAGUAUACAUAACAAACCCAAUGGAGGUUUUAAUUAUGUGAAGUCCAAUAAUCGGUCAAUAGAGUUUUACAAGUUCUGGUACUCUUCACGUGAAGUUUAUCCUGGAAAUCAUGAUCAGGAUGUUCUUAAUAAAAUUAAGGAUGAUACCUUUGUGGAUGAUCUUGGUUUGAAGAUGCGAUUCUUGGAUACUGCAUUCUUUGGUGGACUUUGUGAACCUAGCAAAGAUUUGAAUUUAGUUUGUACAAUGCAUGCAAAUUGCUGUUAUGGUUUGGAUAGCAAGCUUCACGAUCUUAAAAUUAUGCUUCAAGAUUGGAGACAAUUUUUGUCCUUACCACCGAGUUUGAAAAGAUCACCAGUAGUGUCAUGGAGGGUCCCAAAAAAUUGCAGCCUUCAUUCCCUUCGUCAUUAUGGUUCUCCGCCAAAAAGUAGUGAGCAAGGAUUGGAAGAAUGAUUGAAAUUGAUACUACCAUCAAAAGCAAAAUGAUAAGAUUUUAUGGAAUUAGGGGUUCAUGAAGAGGCUCCAAUUUCAAUUUCUCAAUCAAUUCAUAGGCGGAGUUGCAACUCAAAUUUGUGAGCAGCAACAUUGAAAGUGAGAUAUUUGGAGUAAAACUUUGUUUUCCUUUCGACCUUUGGAAUACAGGCAGUAGAUCAUAGUGUUUAUAAAUUAUACUUGUAACUUAUCCUGUUGGUAAGCCUACACAUGUACAGUUUUUGCUUUAGUCAGUAUCCGAAUAUAUCGGAGCAUUGGUCUCGUCUUUUUUCUUUAAUAACAAAUUCAGCAUAGCUGCCUGAGGUUAAUAUUCCUUGAAAGGGCUGAUUACUGAUAGUUUUUGACUUUGUUUCUUUGUUAGGAGCAAUGAUUUAGAUAAUAGUGAAUUUUGAGACUUGGAGAAUCCCCUCCCUUUGUCUUAAAAUUACAUAGCUUUUAUUUUAUAUUCCA